UCGGUUUCAUUUUCAUUUUACGAGAAGAAGUAAAAAUAUGAGUUUUUUAUCCUUUUCAAGAGGUUUUCUUUCUUCUUCUAUAGCGGUAAGAGGUAAAUGUGUAACUGGAGUUCUUGUUGGGAAGAUCUCAAGGUUCAAUUUUGCAACUUCGAGCCAACUUCAGGCAGAAGAAGACAGCAAAUACAAGCGUCCAGUUCAACCGUAUUUACGUUUUCGAAGCGACUACAUCGCUAAGUUUAAAGCAGAACAUCCUGAACUUAAACUUCAGGACCUUAACAAGCUUCUUUCUGAAGAAUGGGCUCAUUUAGAUCCCGAAAUUAAGGGGGAAUAUAAGAGAAUUUAUGAUGAAGAGAUGGUGGAAUUUAAAGCUCCACUCAAGAAGAUACCUCGAAAACCACCAGGGGUAUUUGCAAGGUUUGUUAAGGAAAACUUCUCGAAAAUUCAUCUUGAAAAUCCGAAUUUGAAAGCUCAAGAGAUUAUUCGAAGGCUAGGAGAUCAAUGGAAAGAAGUACCAGAGGAGAAAAAGAAGGAAUUGAACAAGAAGUUGGAGGAAGAUACUAAACGCUACGAGGCAGAUGUGGUUGGUUUUGAAGAAAAACUAAAUGAAGAAGAGCUAGAUUUUUUGAAUCAUUUAGCUAAAGAUAAGAUGAAAAAGCUGCAUCAACAGAAACUACGCUUGCUUAACUUUCCAAAGAAGCCUGGGGGUCCAUUUUUGUACUUUGUUAACAUGGAGAAGGACAACUUUCCCAGACGGGAAGAUGAAAACAUGAAAGAAUGGUUGAAACGGAUGGGACAAAGAUGGCGCAACUUGACAGAUGAAGAAAAGGAGAGCUAUUUGUUUGUGAAGAAAAGAGCAAUGGAAAAAUAUGAGGAAGAUGUGGAAGAAUGGAAGUUAAAACAACAAACCAAGAUCUAGAGAACAACAUUGACAGACAGUUGGAACAUAUGCUAUUCAGUACAACUAUUAAAAACAAAAACAAAAAAAAAAA